AAAAAGCAAAAAAAAAAAAGCCCUCCUGUUUUUCCAAAGGAUCUGUCUCAGGAAUUUAAAGCACAUUUAAGACACACACACACACUCACAUAACAUAAGGAGGGGGGGAAAGUCUCUUCCCCUCCCCUUCUUGCAGAAAGCAUGGAAGAAAGCUCCAGUUCUCCUGUUUCCCCUGUGGAUAGCUUGGGGACCAGUGAAGAGGAGCUGGAAAGGCAGCCAAAGCGAUUUGGCAGGAAGAGAAGAUACAGUAAGAAGUCCAGCGAAGAUGGCAGCCCCAACCCAGGGAAGAGGGGGAAAAAAUCCAGUCCCAGCUCCCAAUCUUAUGAAGAACUGCAGAGCCAGCGGAUCCUGGCCAACGUCAGAGAGAGGCAGAGGACUCAGUCACUCAACGAAGCUUUUGCCGCCUUGAGGAAAAUCAUCCCCACUUUGCCCUCGGACAAACUCAGUAAAAUCCAGACCCUCAAGCUGGCAGCACGGUAUAUAGACUUCCUCUACCAGGUGCUACAGAGCGACGAGAUGGACAGUAAGAUGACGAGCUGCAGUUACGUGGCUCACGAGAGGCUGAGUUAUGCCUUCUCCGUAUGGAGGAUGGAGGGAGCCUGGUCCAUGUCAGCCUCCCACUAGCCACCGCCCGGGCCAGGCCAGCCCAGCUGCCGAAGGGACUGUCCAGCGUCUGAGACUGAAGUGGAAUUGGGAUGUAUCCAAGUUUGUAGCUUCUGAAACCUUAACAACCUCAAGUAAACUGGUCCAAAAGACCCCUCUUGACCUCCCCUCGCUCUCAAACUCUUGUGGAGCACUUAGACUGAGCAGAAAAGAGCACCAAAACCAACGGCCUGAACCUCUGCACCAUCUCUUCCCCCGAGCGAGAAAAGAGAAGCAACAUUCCUGGCUGGUUGCUGUUGUUGGGUUUUGUGUCUGUCUGUCUGUCUGGUUGGUUUUAUGUCUUUUUGUUUUGUUUUGGCUGAAAAAAAGAAGAAAUCUUAAUUCAGGAACACGUUGGGUUCGGAUUUUAUUUCCCCUUAGCUGUAUUAUUAUUAUUAUAAUUAUUAUUAUUGUGGUGGGUUGGUUUUUUUUUGGGUCUGUUUGGUGUUGGGUUUGUUUUUUUUUUUUUGCCAAACUGAAAAGCCUGAUUUCUCCUGCAGCAAAUGUCAAAACUGGACCAAG